ACAACAUUUUCAAUUAACAAAUCCCAGAAGCCCUGCGCUCCCUCGGUUCAUCACCAGGGGGCCCUGGAAGGCCGUCUUUGUUCAGAAUCGGAAGCACAUAGGGCAAGGCUUGAAGAACCUUGACCUUCAUAGCUCACCCUCUUUCCGGCUUGUGGGGAAACCAAUCUGUCGUGCUGUUAGCUUUGCGCAAAAGCUAACCUCGAAUUCAACUGCUGAAAUCCAAUUUGCAGUAUUUGGUUUCCAAAAAAAGGAGAAGAGAUGGAGUUGAAUUUGAAUUUCAUGAAAUGGAGGCCAAAUUGGCAACUCAGAAAAUGCUGCAACCACGACCAAGUAAUCUUCCUCAUCUCCGUUGCUGUCUGCACUGUUGUUAUACUUGUGCUGUGGAGGACAGUGCUGAUGACACCUUUUAAGCUUAUAACCGUGUUUCUUCACGAGGUGAGCCAUGCUAUCGCUUGUUUGCUUACAUGUGGUAAGGUGGAAGGGAUUAAAGUUCAGGCAGAUGAAGGUGGAGUCACACAAACCCGCGGUGGCAUAUCCUGGAUAAUUUUGCCAGCCGGAUAUCUUGGUUCAUCGUUUUGGGGGAUGAUAUUGAUUCUUGCAUCUACGAAGCAUCUCACUACACAAAUCGCUGCUGGCUGUUUCAUCGUUGCCCUAAUUAUUGUAUUCUUUUUAGCUAAAAAUUGGACGCUUCGAGGACUUUGCAUCGGAUUCAUUGUUUUAUUUGCUGCAAUUUGGUAUCUGCAAGAAGCAACGCCGGUUCAUAUGCUUAGGGAAGUGAUUCUGUUCACCGGUGUGAUGAACAGCUUGUUUUCGGUGUAUGAUAUAUACGAUGAUCUUAUAUCGCGUAGAAUUAAUACGAGUGAUGCUGAAAGAUUUGCAGAUGAGUGUCCCUGCUGUACUGGAUGUGGAUGGGGUGUCAUUUGGGCGUUCAUAUCUUUCACAUAUCUCUGUGGAUCUGUGUACCUUGCUCUUGUGAUCUUGUCUCCACGUCUGUGACUGCAUUGCAAAUUGGCCUGACAUGAACUCCGUUCGUCGCAUCUUUCAAGCGAUUCAUUUGGCUGGACGAGGGAAACCUGGACGAAAACACCGCCGAGGAGGCUUCUUGGGGAGUAGUUUUGUUAAGGAUUUUUCUAGAUAUUCGUUGUCUCGUAUUCUUCCAUUGAUGAAGGUACAUUACCUCCAUUUCAUGUGAUACAAAAGCUAUUUUUGUAAUCUUAAAUCUCAUGGCAAUACUAUAUAAUUUGUUUAAUUAA